UGUGUCAUGGCGCGCUCCAUCUAACCUGCAGUUUCCGGCAAGUGGCGUGUUGAUUUCUUUCACUUUGAACUGUUUUGUUAUUUCCCGACUGCUGGAGAAGAUGCCUUCUGCAUCCUGUGAUAUGCUACUGGAUGACAUAGAAGAUAUUGUAUCACAGGAAGAUUCAAAACCAUAGGAUAGACAUUUUGUAAGAAAGCAUGUUGUUCCAAAGGUGCGAAGAAGAAAUACCCAAACGUAUUUGCAAGAGGAAAGCAGUCCACCAAGUGAUAGCACUAUUCCAGGCAUACAGAAAAUUUGGAUACGAACUUGGGGUUGUUCACAUAAUAAUUCAGAUGGAGAAUAUAUGGCCGGACAGCUAGCUGCGUAUGGGUAUAAAAUUACAGAAAAUCCUUCUGAAGCAGAUUUAUGGCUCCUGAACAGUUGUACUGUAAAAAACCCAGCUGAAGACCACUUUAGAAACUCAAUUAAGAAAGCACAAGAGGAAAACAAGAAAGUAGUGCUGGCCGGGUGUGUCCCGCAAGCCCAGCCUCGUCAGGACUACCUUAAGGGACUGAGUAUCAUCGGGGUUCAACAGAUAGAUCGUGUGGUAGAAGUUGUGGAAGAAACAAUUAAAGGUCACUCUGUGAGACUGCUGGGUCAGAAGAAGGAUAAUGGAAAGCGGUUGGGGGGAGCGCGUUUGGAUUUGCCAAAGAUUAGGAAGAAUCCACUGAUUGAAAUCAUUUCCAUCAAUACUGGGUGUCUCAAUGCUUGUACCUACUGCAAAACUAAGCAUGCCAGAGGAAAUUUGGCCAGUUAUCCUAUUGAUGAACUAGUGGAUAGAGCUAAACAAUCUUUUCAAGAGGGCGUUUGUGAGGUGUGGCUGACCAGCGAAGACACAGGGGCCUACGGCAGAGAUACCGGCUCUGAUCUCCCCACACUCCUGUGGAAGCUGGUGGAUGUGAUUCCCGAGGGAGCGAUGCUGAGGCUUGGCAUGACCAACCCGCCCUAUAUCUUAGAGCAUCUGGAGGAAAUGGCGAAAAUCCUCAACCAUCCCCGAGUCUAUGCUUUCCUGCACAUCCCCAUCCAGUCUGCCUCUGACAGUGUGCUAAUGGAAAUGAAAAGAGAAUACUGCUUGGCUGACUUCAAAAGAGUAGUGGAUUUUCUGAGAGAGAAAGUUCCUGGAAUAACUAUUGCUACAGAUAUUAUCUGUGGUUUUCCUGGAGAAACAGAUCAGGAUUUUCAAGAAACAGUGAAACUUGUUGAAGAGUACAAAUUUCCAAGCCUCUUCAUUAACCAAUUUUACCCAAGACCAGGAACUCCUGCUGCAAAAAUGGAACAAGUUCCAGCACAAGUGAAAAAGCAAAGAACAAAAGAUCUAUCUCAGAUAUUUCAUUCUUACAAUCCAUAUGAUCACAAGAUUGGUGAAAAACAACAAGUGUUAGUAACAGAAGAAUCUUUUGAUUCCAAGUUUUAUGUCGCACACAACCGAUUUUAUGAGCAGGUUUUGGUGCCAAAGAACCCUUCAUUCAUGGGAAAAAUGAUCGAGGUGGACAUUUAUGAAUCAGGAAAACAUUUUAUGAAAGGGCAGCCAGUAUCAGAUGCCAAAGUAUACACACCAUCCAUCAACAAACCAUUAGCAAAGGGAGAAGUUUCAGGUUUAACAAAGGAAUUCAGAAAUAUGCUGGGGACUCACCGGAAUCUGGUAUCGCACUCCCCUGCUGCGACUCACCGCCGCUCAGGGUGUUCCCCGGUGGGGCUGUGGAUGCAAGGGCUGCAUGGAGACUGCGCGUGGAGGGUGGCCGCAGGCCUGGCUCUUGUUGCUCUUCUUUUUGCCGUUUUUGCCAGGGUCUAUAAUUAGAACACCGUGAAAUGAAGCAUCUGUGAAGAAUACAUUUCUAAUUAAAACCUUCAGUGAACAGGAAAGUGACCGCGUCCAUUCUGGAAGGGCGGCAGUGUAUACUUGCUGAGCUGCCUCCUCUUCUGCCCACUCGUGGUGAGGCUUUCCCUGUCUCACACAGCGUUGAGCACAUGGACUGCCUGACUACAGCUGAAUUGCAGCUGCCAUACCAUAUCUUUCAAGUUAAAUUCCUGUGAGCUUAUUUUUAGCAAGCAAUACAAAUGGUCACAUUUUUUAAAAGUUUCCAAUCUUCAGGUGCAUACCUAACUAUACAGUGGUACUGGUUAUCUUUUCCUUAUGUGGAAGAAUUCUUGAUCCUUCGUAAAUAUUUUAAGGCAUAUCUUCUUCAUGCUUUGUUUGGCGUUCCAGCACUACAAACACCUCCUUCACAGCAGAUGUGUUCUUGUGAAGUUUACACAGAAGCCUGUGUCUGGAGCCCGAAUCCUGUAGGAAUGUGCAGGAGAGCCUGGCACUUCAAGGACUGCUGGCAACAGUCUCCAAAACAUGAAGAAUCACCCACUGCCACAGUGUCCACAAACUUUGAAAAGUUAGAUUUGUCAAAAUCAAACCAUGCCCCUUUUUUUCUGGCAGCUUAGACCAAUCAGAUCACCUUUUUAUUCCUACCUAACACCAUUGGUCUUUACUAAGUGAAAUGAUUUGUUUCACAAUAAAAAGAAUUGGUGUAAUAAAUAAA